GUAAACAGUACGGUCCAAAGUAUUAUAUUAAAUGAUUUUAGCCAUCAGAUGGUGGGUGUAAUUUAAGGAAUAUAGAUUUCUACUGAAUAUUUAUAAUAGUGGAUCAAUAUGUCUACGUUUUCUCAGCAACUUAAGCUAAAGGUUCUGAUACAGUUAUAGACUUUUGUUGUUCGUCUUGUCUAGAGCACACAAUUGACCUAAGAGUUUAACUGCGAUAACUGUACAACAUUUUACUGUGCAAAAAGUUUUAGCCUGCAUGGUCAGUUGUUUGGGAAACAUGUCACAUAUGGAAGGAGGGACACAAAUAAAUGCCAGUGCCAAAUGAGUGGAGGAUUUAUUUUUCAUAAAAGUGGCCUUCGUGAAGACAGACGACUAGAACUGUGUUGUCAUGACCACUGUCUGCUGUGCUGCAAUACUUGUGUUGUCCUCAAUCACAGGUGACUCUGAACAAUUGAUUGUUUCUACGACAAAAGUUGACUCUAUGAAGACAAUUUUGUUGAUGUAAACAUUAUGGCGAGUUUAGCUGAUGUGUUUAAGGAGAAAGAACGGUCGAACUGGCUCAAGGCAUGGCUAGCAUUAGACAUUGCAAAGUCUGGCUUGGAACACUUAGCUGACAAUGAGGCUCAGAAUUUUCACCAGCACAUUUACAGCCAAGUAACAUCUAAUCUAAAGUCACAAUCAUAUACUUGCAACAGCUGUAACACAGAGAAUUUACUGAGACACCAACAGUGUCCAAUCAUGAUUUGUGAUAAAGUUUUCCAGGAAAUAAUUAAGGAACAUCGGUACAACAAAAAAUGUUCUUGGAAUAAUACAUCUGCGACAUUAUGGCAAACGAAUCAUUGGGAAAUAGCGAAAUGUUACAUCCAAACGGGUGGAUAUGCUGAAAAGAUAUCGAUUCAAGAUACCGAUUUCAACGGAGUCGUCAGUUUUAUGCUGAACUGCAAACGCUUUGAUAGCAAGUUUUCUUUUCCAAUAACACACGGAAAGCCAACCCAGAACAAACCUGCAUGCCUCCUGUAUAAGGCUCGUGAAGUCCAUAAAGCUGUGCGGCACUCUUCAAUAAUGAAAGUCACGGAUGUCGAUCUCCAAGACUAUUUCACAACAUUAAACGAUCUGCUGAAAGAUUCACGAUAUCUUAGUCAAGAUAACGUUGCCAAAAAUGCUGUGGUCAAAUUAGCCCAGUUGGAAAAAGACACAUUACUAUUGACUACAGCAGAGAUGAUGUGUUUCCUGGAUGCUGUUGAAACAACUUUGAAACAACACUUGAAAGAUGUUGCCAAAGACGUUGUUGACACAUCAGUGAAUGACCUCAGAGUAAACACAGGAUUGUGUAUUAAUAACAUUAAUUAUGUUCGGGACACAUGUAAGCAAGAGCUCUCAAAACAGGCAAAUAUACAUAAACAUGACAUCGAUGAACACGUCGACAGACAAAAACAAGUCAUUGAUGAUCACACCGGAAGACACAAACAGGGCAUAGAUGGACAUGCCAAUAGACACAAACAGGGAAUUGAUAAAUACGCCGAUAGACACAAACAAGGCAUGGAGGAACACGCCGAUAGACAAAAACAGGGCAUGGAUGAACACGCCAGUAGACACAAACAGGGAAUGGAUGAACACGCCAGUAGACACAAACAGGGCUUAGAUGCACACGCUGAUAGACACAAACAGGACAUAGAUGAAUACGCCAGUAGACACAAACAGAGCUUAGAUGAACAAGCAGAACAAUGCAUUAAGGACAUCCAAGAAAAGUUUAGAAAUACUAUUUUCACUGAAACAACCUACAAACAGUCCUGUAAAGAAAUGUUUGAAGCUUUGACAAAGUAUUACAGCAAACGUUUCUGUCAUGUUAAUAUCUUCCCAUUGGAUGACUGGGCUGAGGAAAAGCUACUUGAUAUUUAUAUGCCGCCGAAUAUCAAACUAAUGGCUAAGGAAAAAGGGGUUUUCAAGGAAACCUUUGAACAAAUUUCAACAUACAAAAAUAUGUUUUUAUCGUAUACCAAACCGAAUCAACAGAUAUUUAUUCAAGGAGAAGCAGGAUAUGGAAAAUCUACUUUUCUUGCAAAAUUGGUAAUGGACUGGUGUACUAUAACAUCAGAACAAUCAGCCGAGACGACGCUGCCAAUUGACGACAAGACCACUAGAUUAAGCUCUAAUACACAGAUGAGAUACUCUAAUCUCUUUGACGAUUUAUCGUCUCUGAAAGACUUCAAAUAUGUCUUCCAUGUAACAUUGAGAGAAUCAGUUAAUCAGUUUGACAUCGAAAAAAUGAUAAAUACACAGAUAGUUGACAGUAUAUACUCAUCAGAAGAAGAUCGCGAAAAGGCAUACAGACUACUAAAUGAGAUCAUGAAACGUGAACGUUGCUUGGUAUUACUGGAUGGUCUAGAUGAAUGGAUCGGUACAGGAGAUCAUCACAACCUUCCAACACUGGCAGACGUACACAGUCUUUGCGUUUUGUUGAUAACUACUCGACCUUGGAAGAUGACAGAAGCGAAAAUACUUGACUCGCAGAUUUGCAAACUGCUGCAACUUGAUGGAGUCAACAAAGUGUUUGAGGUGAGCAGAAAAAUCCUGGGUUGUAGGAAAGAUUUUAAGGGUAGACAAGAUUUAGACGAAAAACAAUCUGAGUUUGAAUCGUAUGUACGUAAAUUUGGCUUGAUAGAGCACUUGUACUCCCCAAUGAUGUUGUGUUUGAUUAUACACUCGUGGACCAAAGGAACUGAACUGAAAGGCUCUCUUUGUGAAAAAUACAGCCUCUUGCUGGAAUGUCUUUUCAAGAAGGCGAAUAUUGAAACGAGUGAAUUUCAAGAGCCGCCUUAUCGAUGUUUCACAGAGACCCAAAACAUACAACCCAAUAUUGAACACUUGAAUAGACUUGCUGAAGCGGCAUUUUAUUUGUUGUUUUCAGAUACACAGGAAAAAGCUCUGGUAUUCACCAUUACGGAACUAAAGAAAUUCAAUUUAGGUCAACUUGAUAAAGAGAACUUUGCACUGAAGUCCGGUAUUUUAUCAGUGACGCGCAAGGCAUCUGCAUUAAGAUCUUCUUCAUCAUUUUCAUUUAUUCAUAAGAGCAUUCAGGAAUUCCUGGCUGCUUAUCAUAUUGCAUGCAAUACCAAUGUGAUUGAUGACGUCAUUUCCGGAUACCUCAGCCGUCACAAGGAUGCAUAUCUUGACAUAUCCCAGGUGUUCAUCUUCCUCUGCGGACUGAACAUGUCGGCUGCAAAUAAGCUUUCUGGCAUGAUGGAUGAACACGAUGUUGGUUGUUUGCAACCAAUCAUUCACUCUGAGCUUCAAAAGGUCAUACUAGCAGGAUACAGAGAAGCUGUUGCCAAUCAGCAAAAGGAUAUUGUACUCAAACUCAGUGUGUACUAUUUAGACUUUGAUAACGACAUACGAGUCCUGCACACCAUAUGGACAAAUAACAAGUCCGAUGUUCUGUACAUGAAUAUAUAUGUUCCUGACAGAAAGAUUUCACGAACAAGAGGCGAGUCUGCGUCUCAUAUUGAGUUUGACCUGUCAUCGUGCAACAAGCUGCAAUCAUUGGAACUAAAUGGAAAAGGCAUUUUGUUUAGUGAAUUUGCAAGUACGUCAACGGCAGAAUAUCUGGUCGGGAUUGUUCUAAAAAGUGCAGAUCCAUCCCAGUGUGCAGAUCCUCCUCCAUUACUACCUUCUAUAAAAUACAUUGAAAUGAGCAAUGUCAAAUGUUCCUAUACCUGUCUACGUUGUCUGUUCUGCACGCUGCUGACUCUCGAUCACGCGUUGACGUUUGACCUGCAAUCGAUCUACAUUAAAUGUGCUGAGGCAGCAAAAAGAGAAAUAAGGGCAAUUGUACAUAAAGAUGUAAACAAUUCCUCCAUCGUAAAAACCAAAAAUGCCAAUCCCUAUCUGUUUAAGGCUCUGCAUGGCCUGAAUAUCAAAAGUCUGAGUCUGAGUAUUAUGGGGGGAGGUUUGAACGUGGAUCAUGAAGAAUCGCUGUCGCAGUCACUAUCAUCGCUCACACAGCUUGAAACGCUCAGUAUAGAAGUGAUGUAUGGCAGUCCCGGAUUGUGGAAGGCUCUGCAUGGUCUGAAUAUCCAGAGUCUGAGUCUGAGUCUGCGUUGUUUGUGGGGAGGUUAUUUUAACGUGGCUCAUGAAGAAUCGCUGUCGCAGUCACUACCAUCGCUCACACAGCUGGAAACGCUUAGUAUUCUAGAUGAAUGGAACAGUCCCGGAUUGUGGAAGGCUCUGUAUGGUCUGAAUGUCAAGAGUCUGAGUCUGAGUAUUAUGCAGGGAGGUUUGAACAAGGAUCAUGAAGAAUCGCUGUCGCAGUCACUAUCAUCGCUCACACAGCUGGAAACGCUUAGUAUUCUACAUGAAUGGAACAGUCCCGGAUUGUGGAAGGCUCUGCAUGGUCUGAAUAUUAAGAGUCUGAGUCUGAGUAUUAUGCAGGGAAGUUUGAACGUGGAUCAUGAAGAAUCGCUGUCGCAGUCACUAUCAUCGCUCACACAGCUGGAAACGCUUAGUAUUGGAGUGGGGUAUGACAGUCUCGGACUGUGGAAGGCUCUGCAUGGUCUGAAUAUCAAGAGUCUGAGUCUGAGUGGUACGUGUGGAGGUUUGAACGUGGAUCAUGACGAGUCGCUGUCGAAGUCACUAGCAUCACUCACACAACUGGAAACAGUUACACUGUAUGUGAAGAUAUAUAAACAGAUAGAGCUACCUCAAUCAUUGAAGUAUUUAAAUAUAUAUUGUGAUGUUUUUCUUCCAUCCAAAGUUCUUGAACUGGUGGACACACUGCCUACAUGUACACAGAAAGUUGAAAGUAAUUUGAAAUUGUGUUGUUCUUUAAAGUUCUUAAUUGUCGAUAACAUCCCACUUGAGGAAUACACUGCCAUCAAACAGGAACUGGAGAUGCGGAAAAAUGUUACUGUGGAGGGAUUCCAAAUAUCAGGCGGGACACUUGAAACCAAUUUUGUUAUUCAAUUCGAAUAAUUCAAGGUUUUGUCUUAAUGGCUAGACUCGUGCUUAGUCGUUUGAGAUAUCACUCAUGUUUAUCAACUAUGUAUUUAGGAAUUGUAUAUAGUGUAUAGUUGAAUCUUCAUUAGGUUAGUUUGUUGUCGUUUUUUUACCGAAAUAAGGCGUGAUAUUGAUAAAUCUGUUUCACUGCAACACAGCUUCACUAUUGAAGCAAAUCCACUUUUUAUUUUCGAUUUUGCCUCUGUUUUGAAUAAAUAUGACGAGCGUAUUGAGCGUAUUGACAAGGUUUUGGGCAACAAGCUGCACAGAUCUAAUAUCUGAAAUCAUAGUAAUUAUUUUUGAGAAUUGGUAUUGUUUAAUAAUACAUUUAAUCUUUUGACGUUUGUAUUUGCUCAAUGUUGCAAAUUAAAAUUUGAAAAAACACAACAA